AUGCCAUUUGGGUUCUUUAACAAGAAAAAGGAUACUCCCCAGUCAUCCAACGCCAAACCAAAUUCUGAACUGGCAAAGAAAUUGCAACAAAAAGAGGCCAGUGUAUGGGCUGUCAAUGAGGUUGGCAUUUGGUUGGACUUGGUCGGGUUAGGUGAAUACAAGAAUGUGUUCAUUAACAAUUCGAUCAGCGGUCAAGAAUUGCUAGAAUUAGGAGAAGAAGAUAUGAAUCAACUUCAAAUCACCAAAUUGGGUCAUCGAAAGAAAUUUAAGAAAUUAGUGGAAGCUCUCAAAAAGAAUUCCAACAUUACCAACUUUCUUGAAACUCUCUCAGAGGCCAAUGACUCUGCAGAAACAUCGACUCCAUCUUCCACUUCACAACAACCUUCUGUGUCACAAAAUCAAUCAUCGGAUUUGAGUGGAGGAAGUUCUUCGAACAACUCUGGAAUUGACCUCGUUUUCAAGUGUUAUCACAACGAUGAUGUACAUUUGAUUGCCAUCAAGAAGGACAGAGCCACAUUUAAUGAAUUAAAGUUGAGAAUCAUUGAAGAAUAUCACUGUAUAAAGCCAGUGAUUAAAUACAAGGAUACUGAAGGAGAUUUCAUCAAUAUUAGAAAAGAAGAAGAUUUUGCAAUUUGUUUGCAAAACGUUCCAGUAGAUUCUGCCAUUAGAUUGUACAUUACGACUGAGAAUGAUGCUGCUCAACUCAAUGACGAAACAUCAAGUCAAACAAGUGGAAGUGAAUUGUCAUCCAACAAUAUGGCACAAAUGCAAGUUCAACGUCACGUUGAGCAAUUCCCAAGUAUUUAUGGAGAAGACGAAGAACCAGAGAUGGAUGAUGGUGCUGUUUUCUUUGAUGACUUUGUUGAUGCUGUGAUUAUUAUUACAGAUGAUAAGAUUAUCCAAUAUGUGAACAAGAGUGUGGAAAAGACAUUUGGAUAUACUAGAAAGGAAUUAAUUGGAAGAAAUGUUAAAAUCUUGAUGAGUAAUCCACACAGAGCUCAACAUGACAACUAUGUGGAUAAUUAUUUGAGAACUGGUCAAGCAAAGAUUAUUGGAACAGGAAGAAUGGUUGAAGCUCGUGCAAAGGAUGGUUUAAUUUUCCCAAUUUGGUUAUCAGUGGCUGAAUCUUCUUGGUUAGGAAGACAUGCAUUCACAGGAACUAUUCAAGAUUUGAGAAAGGAUAAGAGCAAACAAACAAAUUCUUCUGUCACAAAUCUAUUAGAAAACUUGGUAGAUGCUGUCAUUAUUAUUGACACCAAAUGUAACGUUUGUUUCAUGAACAAAUCAGCAGAGAAAAUGUUUUCUUACAAUAGAGAUGAAUUGAUUGGAAAGAAUAUUAACAAACUCAUGCCUGAAAAAUAUGCCACAGGUCACGACGCGUAUGUUUCUCAUUAUUUAGAAACUGGCGAAAAGAAGAUCAUUGGAAGAGGAAGAAAAGUCACUGCCAAAGAUAAGCUUGGAAAUCAAUUCCCAAUUUGGUUGAGUGUGAGUGAGACUAAAUGGAAUGGAGAACGUGGAUUUGUUGGUACCAUUCAAGAUUUGAGAAAGGAUAAUUCCAUUGAGAAGAUCUUGAAUUAA